UCACCUGGCGCAAAGUAACAGGAACUAAGGGCCAUAACUCUUGAAAAGAGCACGUUGCAUCAUGGACGAUAUGGAUGUCUACACUCAACGCGUCAAACAGGCGGAAGCCGAGAUUAGGAAACUGGAACAGGAAAUCAUACUUCUCCAGAACCCCGUCAAACUGGAUGGAGUUGUCUCCCCUGAGGUAGAGAAGUUGAAGUCGGAGAACGUGAAGCUUCAGUACCAACUGAAUCAUCUGAAGAAGUACCUGGCGGAGGAGAAGACUCGGAACCCAGACCACAUGGUCAGUUUGUUCGGGGUCCUGGAGGAGAUAUUUGGUGUGGCCAUCCGUGCUGCUUUUCCUGGACUGGAGAACCCGCCCAUACUGUUGUCAGCCAGUCAGAAGUUUGCAGAUUAUCAGUGUAACAGCGCCAUGGGAAUAGCCAAGGUGAUUUCAACCAGGGUGAGAAGGUGAACCCCGAGGGAGGUGGCCCAGGCCAUUGUGGACAGGAUGCCUCAGGUGGACAUUCUGGACAAGCUGGAGAUUGCAGGGCCUGGUUUCAUCAACAUCUAUCUGAAGAAGGACUAUGUUUCGCGGGAGAUUAGCAAGAUUCUCAACCAAGGAGUCAAGCCACCUGUCAUCAACCACAAGCAGAGGGUUGUUGUGGAUUUUUCAUCUCCCAAUAUUGCAAAAGAAAUGCAUGUUGGUCAUCUCAGGUCCACCAUCAUCGGCGAGAGCAUCAGCCGGCUGCUGGAGUGGGUGGGCCAUGAUGUUCUCCGGAUCAACCAUCUGGGAGACUGGGGGACGCAGUUCGGGAUGCUCAUCGCUCAUCUGAAGGAGAAGUUCCCUGAUUACCUGACCAAGAGCCCUCCGAUUGCUGACUUGCAGGCUUUCUAUAAGGAAUCUAAAAAGCGUUUCGAUGAAGAAGAAGACUUCAAGAAGCGGGCGUACCAGUGUGUGGUGAAGCUGCAGGCGUAUGAACCUGACCACUACAAGGCAUGGCAGCUGAUAUACAAUAUCUCCAGGAAUGAGUUUCAGAAAGUGUACGAACGUCUUGACGUGCACCUUGAGGACCGCGGCGAGUCAUACUACAAUGAAAUGAUGAAAGUUAUAGUUAAAAACUUGGAGGACAGAGAUUUCCUGCAAGAAGAUGAUGGACGUAAAGUGAUGUUUGUGCCCGGCCACUCCGUGCCUCUGACGGUGGUCAAGUCUGAUGGAGGAUACACAUAUGACACGUCAGACAUUGCCACUAUACACAACCGCCUGAUCACAGAGAAUGGGGACUGGCUCAUCUAUGUUGUGGACUCGGGGCAGAGUUCUCAUCUGGAGACAAUCUACAGCGCUGCCAAACAGAUCGGAUGGUUGGACCCUUCCAGACAUCGAGUGGAGCAUGUCGGCUUUGGAGUGGUGCUUGGAGAAGACAAGAAGAAGUUUAAGACUCGGUCAGGGCAGUCAAUACGACUAGUGGAACUCUUGGACGAGGGGCUGAAACGAGCAGAGGCCAAACUGAAGGAGAAAGAACGAGAUAAGGUUCUCACCCCUGAGGAGCUGAAGAAGGCGCAGGAAGCUGUGGCGUAUGGCUGCAUCAAGUAUGCAGAUCUCUCCCACAACCGGACACAUGACUACGUCUUCUCCUUCGACAAGAUGUUGGAUGAUCGAGGGAACACAGCUGCCUACCUACUAUAUGCCAACACUCGUAUCAGGUCAAUUGCCCGUCUGGCCAAUGUGUCUGCAGAGGAUCUGAAGAAGGCUGCAAAGACUACCCUCAUUGACUUGAGUCAUGAGAAGGAGUGGAAGUUGGCCAAAUGUCUGCUACGUUUCCCAGAGAUCAUCUGUAAAAUCCUUGAUGACCUAUACCUUCACACCCUGUGUGACUACCUGUACGAGAUCUCCACGACCUUCACAGAGUUCUAUGACAACUGCUACUGCAUCGAGAAGGACAAACAGACAGGUGAAGUGAAGAAGAUCAACAUGAGUCGUCUCUUACUUUGUGAAGCCACGACGAACAUCAUCAGUGCCAUCUUCCAGAUCCUGGCCAUCACUCCUCUGGAGAAGAUGUAGAGGACAACCAAGGGCACACCAUUAUUAGGCUGAAAUACUAUCACGCAGUUAUCUCCCCCUUGUCCCUAUACCAGAUUGCAUUGGCAGUCAAUCAGUGAAAUGGUUUUUGGUUUAUGUCCAUGUUCGAAUCCGGAAUUAAUGAGAUUAUUGCUUACACUAUACUCCAUCUGUUUUUAGCCCCAAACUGACUUUCUCAACAAAUAGGUUCUAAAGAAAAGGAAAUGUCAAUGUUCUUUAGGUGUGUUGGAUCAAAUGUUUUAUCAAGUUACGUAAGUUUGUCACACAGAUUAUGUGUUGUUGUAAAUUAAACCACAAAUAGGGUACUCAGUGCCGAAACACAGAUACUGCAAAUACCUGCGUCUGGAUGAAGAUUGUUCAACUGUCAAAUGUCUGCUGUUGAAAACUCCAGCCAUCCAGAGUUGGAUUUACGUCAGAAAAUGGUGUAAUGUGAUGAUUUGUAUACUUGGAGUAUACUUUUGUUCAGAAACAAUUGUGAAUAAACUGCUCUUACAUUA